AUGGCUUGCAUUCAAUUACACAUAGUUGAGAAUGGUGUCUUUGAAAAGCCAUGUGAUGCACCUCUCCCAAUUUAUUGCAUCAGACAGAGCUGGAACUUUCUCAAACUAAUUUCUAGAAUGCCUGCCACGAGGCUUAGUCAAACUCUAGCAUCUGUGUCUUGUAAGAGACCGAGUAGAGAUGGUUGGAGAAUAGCCUUUGCGUUGGAGACCGAAGGGGCUCCUGACAGUGAUGGAAAUGAAAGGCUUGAUGUGUGGGAUGACACACCAGGACAGCUAGGUAGGACCCGAUUAGGUUGGAUAAUUAUUGGGGGUAGUAGGCAACUUUUGGAAAAGCUAAAUGGGGCAAGGAGGAACUUUCCAAUGAAAGUACUUCUAUUGCUUUUAGGUUUCUUCACUGCCACUGCGAAUGCAACAAUAUUAGGGCAAACAGGAGAUUGGGACGUCUUGGUUGGUGGUGUUGUGGUGGCUGCCAUUGAGAGCAUUGGCAUACUCAUGUACUACAGACCUUUGCCCAUAUCCAUUGGGAGGCUUGAGUAUUUGGUGGGAUGA